AUGAAGGAAGAAAAACCCAUUAUCGAGCUCGAUGGCAGAACCGGCGAGGGCGGCGGCCAGCUCGUACGAAUUGCCUCCGCUUUGGCGUCGGUCGCGUCUCAGCCGAUUCGCAUCACCCAUGUCCGGGGCAAUAGGGAAGGCUCUCGGGGCGGCCUAAAGUCCCAACACGUAACAUCUAUUGACUAUCUCGCCAAGGCCACAGCAGCCGACGUCUCGGGACUCUCCAUCGGCAGCCAGACGCUGGAGUUCCGUCCCCAGCUGCGGCCGUCCGAGCUCGAGGAGCGCCACAUCAAGAUCGCCGCCGACUCGCCGGCCGCGUCCACCCUGCUCAUCUUCCAGGCCGUGUUCCCCUUCCUGCUCUUCGCGGGCAACGAGAAGGGCGAGCCCAUCACGCUCGAGAUCUCGGGCGGGACCAACGUGGCUUGGUCGCUGUCCUUCGAGUACCUCGAUCAGGUGCUGCUGCCGGCGCUGCACGAGGCGUUCGGCAUCACGGUCGAGCGCAAGCUGCUCGCGCGCGGGUGGAGCCUGGGCAGGCAGCAGCAGCGCGGCACGGUCGAGUUCAAGUUCAAGCCGCUCAAACCCGGCGAGAAGCUCCGGCUCAAGGACAACAGCAAGGACGGCGCCGUGGCUGUUUAUCCUGGAGAUGGGACCUUGCCCGUCGUGGAGGAUGUCAAGGAAAUUGAUGUCUCGAUGAUUGUGCCUCUCGGGAUGCGCGAGUCGAUGAUGGAGGCACUCGUGGAAGACUUGGAGCAGCUGUUUCCUGAUGUGCCGGUGGAGUUCAAGGUCGACGAGGACAGUGGGGACGACGCGAGGAUUUACGUCUUGCUGGUCGCCAAGGCAGGCACGGUGCGCUGGGGUCGAGAUGUUCUCACAUCGAUGCCAAAGAAGGCCAAGGGUAAGGGCGGCGUGCAGACGGCCAGCUCGCUGAGCGCGACGAUCUCCCGAAGGGUUUCCAAGGAGCUGUAUGAGGAGGUGUCGAGCGGGGCAGUUGUCGACGAAUUCCUCCAGGACCAACUGAUCAUCUUCCAAGCGCUGGCUGAAGGCCGGACGUCGUUCCCUCGGGCCGAGAAUAAGGACAGCCUCGAGCAGGCGGUGGCCAGGCUGGCGAUUGACAACAGGCUGCGCAAGGACAAGACAGAUGAACCAUUCGGCGAAGGAAGCGGUCACACGACUACCGCCCGCUGGGUCGUAUCACAGCUGCUGCCGGGCGUCGAGUGGUACAACAGGGGCCUGCUUUGCCAGGGCAUCGGCAUGCAUAUGCCCAAGAAGUAAUUAAUCGGAUGCGGGGUUCGCGGCGGCGGCGGUCUCUGCUGUUUGAUGGGUUGGCGUUGUUGGGUUGUUGCAUUUCGCUGACGCAGUCUCUGCUUUUCGGAGCGUUAGUCACUGAUACCCAAAGCGCGUAAUAAACGGUAUACCGAUUUUU